AAGUUUGAUUCUUCUUACAAACGCACUCCUAAGAACAUAUUUGCUCAGAUAUGGCACCGGCACUAGUUACAGAGGAUUAUUACAUGGCCCUUGAAGUGGGGCAAACGGCUUCGCCCGAGCUAGUCAUCAAAUCUUACAGACGACUAGCGCUAAAGCUCCAUCCGGAUCGGAAUACCAAGCACGAUGCUACUGAAGCCUUUCAACUACUCGGAAGAGCCUACGAUACAUUAAAGGAUGAAACCAAACGCCAAGCGUACGACUCCAUCUACCCUACCAUAACACGAAGUGGACCCUAUUCUCAAACUACCCAAACACCUCAUCCGGCUCCUGCUUCAACCCCGCAAUCAGGAGCACUUAGCGAAGCCGCACAAAUCGCCGCACUUCAAAAGUCGAAGCAAGAACGUAGUGCAUGCUGGCGGACCGAGGAGAAUGUCUUCGACUCCUCGAUCUUCGAGCUACGGAGAGAUGUUCGCCGGUUGGAGCAAGAAAUCAAGGAUUUGGAUAGUAUUGUAGCUGCUGAAGCAGCGGCAGAGGCACAGAAGAAUAGUUGGGGGACGUGGUUAUUAUCAUCAAUACAAAAGAAGGCAGAAGACACUGAGAAGGAAAAGGAACGCAAGGAUAGGGAGAGGCAGGAGAGAAAAAUUAUGAAAGAUAUGAAAGAGAGGCGACUAGGGUUAAAGAAGGCAGACUUGAAGAAAGUGGAAAGCCUGUUACAAAGUGCGAAGAAGGAGGUGGAUACUGCGGAUCUAGUCGAUACUAGGAGGAUACAAGUGAUUCAAGAUAGAAUACGGGCUAGAGAGAAGAGGGAGAGACAAGAUAAUGAGAGGGUCGCGAGAGAGAGAAUAGCGAGGAUUCGGAAACAACAACAAGAGCAGCGGGAGAAACAGGAGCGGGAAGCAGCAGAGGCAUGCAAAAUACGACAGGCAGAGGAGCGUGCAGCAGAGCAGAAACGACAAGAGGAACAGGCUAGGAGGUGGCAGAAGAUUAACGAUGAUGAAGCUAAAGAAUACCGGAAACGAUAUGCAAAUGUCAAUCACCCUAGAUACUCUUUUGGAACCGAGAGAAGCGCUCGCGAGGCUUCUGUAUCAACCUGCCACCACGGCGGCUGGUGGCGAAAAAUACAAGGACGUACGGCAUGCCCGAAGUGCUAUGUGAGUUGGAAUUAUCUGCUCCAGUGCCCGGGCUGUAUGAUGAAGGCGUGCGCGGGAUGUCAAGCUGCGAUACGGCCGAGUAUGCCACGUAAUACGGCUAGGACGAAUUGAAGAGCCCCUUUAAGGGCUUCGAGCCCGGAUUAUCUUUACAACGACUACUAAGUUGGGGUUGUGAAGGGAAAUCUAAUAAAGAAAUUGAUUAGCUUGGGUUUCGGCAUCAUUUGGGG